UUAAAGCGAUGGAGUGAAGGAUGUCCGAAAGGGAGAACGAGACGCAGAGGUGGCUGGAACUGCAGAACGCCAGCCAGGCCUUCAACAACAACAUCAGCGUAUCUGCAGAGCUGCAGUCGGAUUGGGGCCCGAAGAGGGAUCCACUGUACAUAGUCGUACCACUCUCCAUCCUCUACACGAUCAUCUUCAUCACCGGGGUGGUUGGUAACGUGAGCACGUGCAUCGUGAUCAGCAGGAACAAAUCCAUGCACACAGCCACGAACUACUACCUCUUCAGCUUGGCCAUCUCGGAUCUGCUCUUGCUGAUCUCGGGAUUACCACCGGAGAUAUACUCGAUGUGGUCCAGAUACCCGUACAUCUUCGGAGAGACCUUCUGCAUCAUGCAAGGCUUCGCCGCUGAAACGUCUGCAAAUGCAACAGUCUUGACGAUCACGGCUUUCACCAUCGAGCGAUACGUGGCUAUCUGCCAUCCCUUCAAAUCGCACACCAUGUCUAAACUAUCGAGAGCCAUUAGAUUCGUCAUGGGUAUAUGGAUUGUAGCUGUCCUCUGCGCCAUCCCUCAAGCCGUAUCCUUCGGCAUAGUCUACGAGGAAUCAGAGAACGGACACGUCUUCGAAGAGAACUACGUGUGCAGCAUCAAGGACAUGAUCGUUCCCAAGCUCUUCGAGAUAUCCACCAUGGUUUUCUUCGUAACUCCACUAACGGCGAUCAUCGUCCUCUACAUCCUCAUCGGUCUUCAGCUACGAUCGUCCACUGUGGGCCCAUCUCGCGGGAACAGCGUCAAGCUCAAGCAUCGGGUCUUCAAGCACGCCGAAACCAAUUCCACGCAAGCAGUCGUCAUCGUCGACGGUGAAAACGGAGAAAAAGAACCUCAGCAUCCGCAGGACGAAGAAGAGGGCAGAAAGAACUACACCGGGAAUUCUCAAGCCACGAAGCACGUUGUGAAGAUGCUAG